AGCCUAAUGCAGGACAGAUCCAAGAGGGAAUCGGGGAAGCCGUCAACAAUAUUGUGAAACACUUUCACAAGCCAGAGAAAGAGAGAGGGAGCCUUACCAUUCUGUUGUGUGGAGAAAGCGGCCUGGUCGCAGCGCUGGAGCAGGUCUUCCACCAUGGAUUCAAAUCGGCUCGCAUUUUCCAUAAGAAUGUCUUCAUCUGGGAUUUCAUAGAGAAAGCUGUUGCUUAUUUUGAAACCAGUGACCAGAUUGGAGACAACGAGGAGGCCCUUUUGCUUCAGAGGUCAUCAUGCAAAACCUUCUGCCAUUAUGUGAAUGCCAUCAAUACAGCUCCCAGGAACAUCGGAAAGGACGGCAAAUUCCAGAUCCUGGUUUGCCUGGGGACGAGGGACCACUUGCUCCCUCAGUGGAUCCCGCUGCUGGCAGAGUGCCCGCCCAUCACGAGGAUGUACGAGGAGAACGCUCUCCUGCGGGACCGCAUGACUGUCAACUCCCUGAUCCGGGUCCUACAGACCUUGCAAGAUUUCAACGUUGUCCUAGAAGGGUCUCUCGUUAAAGGAGUGGAUGUUUAGCACGGCUUUGCUGAGAACUUCAUUCUUCCUUUCCCAAGCAAGCAAACCACGACUGGAGACCUGUCAGGACUUGAAGGCCAUGGUAGCGCACCACUGGAAGGCAGAAGCUGCCGGUUGAAACGGGAUUGGGAAGCCCAGGUUGAGCCCGAUGAGGACUGUCCUCUAAAGCUGCAGAAAGCUCAGAUGCAGUAUUGUAGUUUAUUUGAAACAGAAAUUUAGUAUAAAAUAGAGUAUUUUCAUGUGUUAGAUGUGUGUAAAUACGCUAUCUUCUUUAAGAAAUUAUAUUACUCUAAGAAAUUUUUCUUAGACUGAAUGUUCUUGUCCUGACUAUGAGUAGCUUAAGCCCAGGGUAAGGGCUGGGGGGAGGGAAGGACCGAGGUGGGGAAGGGAUGCUGCUACUUGCUUGCAAGGAAGAAGCCAAUCAACGUGUAAAUACAGCGCAAGCUCCGCGGGGC